AUGUCUAGCUCUAGGAGCGGGCCCAGGGAGUCUUUCCAGCAUCAUGCUGGGCAGUAUCGCAAUAUCAGUCUUGCCGAUAUCACCAAGCCCUGGGAAUGGACGCCCGUUACGACCCACUCGCUCCCGAUGUCCCCAAUGAAGCCGGUGUUCGAUAUCCCAAAGGCGAUACCCUCUGGACUGAGUACACCGUCGAUGUCCUUGAGCUUUCCAAUCGCGGAGGUAACGAUCCCUACUCGAAAGUUGAGCCUAUGGGCCCGUGUAAUCCGGUUCUUCAAGUCCGGGUCUUUCGCGAAAAUGGAGACUGUUAAAGUGGGCAUUCCUAUUUACAACCCCUCAGUUCAUGACAUCUUGCCCACCAAAGUCGAGCCGCACGAAUGGAAACAAUACGGCUACUGGGCGCGUCCUUGUAUCAACGAAGUUCAAUGCCGCAAUUCACCCGCUAGCGGCGAGAAACCGAUUGGCACCGAAGCGCUAAAAGACCUGAUGAUGAGCCUACGAACUCCACCCCCGCCAAAUCGCUUCAUCCUUCCAGACAAUACUUACCCAGGCAGAUGGAUCCCAGGACUUCAGCAUCCGUCUUUGCCUCCGCGGCCCACUAGAUGGCAACGACCAGUGCCAGGAGAACCCCUUCCAUUUCCUUGGGAAGUCCAAAUCAACCCGCUUCUCCAGCACCUGCUCUGGGGGCCUUCACCUCUUUCCUGGUGUCUCGCAAGUGAUCCAGACCUCCCAUCGCUAUUCUACGGACGAGCGAAUGCGCUCAUUCCAUGCUCCGAGGCCGACAAAUCCCAGCCGGCCACUUACCCUUUCCUCACGCACAUGCACUUCAAUGCCGUCGCCGGUGACACCGCGCCAAUUUUCCCCUGGCCUUUCACCGUGAAAAAUGACAAGGGAAUAACCGUACGAGACGUUCUCAAAGAGAUGUACGCGCACUUCAAAGUACCUGUCAAGGAAGACGAAAAGGCGAGCUGGCCGCCCAUACGACAGUCCGCGGCGAUCAAGGCGCUUCGUGCGCGCUGUGAGCUGUUCUCGGACAGUACAGGAUCUGAUUUUCGAGACGUAAUGCGCCGCUGCGACGCGCUGGGCGGUGUGGCGUGGUUUCGAGGAAUUGAGCCGACCAUCGACGGCGGAGGUUGGAUGAUAACUUUCGGAACCCAUUAG